ACUCAUAAAAGGGGAGAUGACUCGGUGCAGGAAAUGGGUAUUGGAACUACCUUGGAAGACAUGCAAUCAACGAGGCGAUUAAACGGAUCUCAAGAGAUGUCUUCUACGUUGGAAAAAAAGCGCUUGGCUGCCAAAACCAGGCGAUUAAACGAAUCUCAAGAAGAAACAACUUCUAGAUUAGAAAAAGCAAGAACACCUGACCAUACCAGGUGGUUAAAUGAAUCUCAAGAGGAAAGGACUUCUAGAUUGGGAAAAGGACGAUUGGCUGCCGAAACCAGGCGGUUAAAGGAAUCUGAAAAAGACAGGACUUCUAGAUUGGAAAAAGCACGAUUGGCUGCUGAAACCAGGCGGUUAAACGAAUCUCAAGAGGAAAGGACUUCUAGAUUGCAAAAGGGACGAUCGGCUGACAAAACCAGACGGUUAAAUGAAUCUCAAGAACAAAGGACUUCUAUAUUGGAAAAAAAAACGAUUGGCUGCCAAAACCAAGCGAUUCAAGGAAUCCCAAGAACAAAGGACUUUCAGGUUGUCAAAACACACAUCUUCUGCAAAAACCAGGAGGGUAGACGAAUCUCAAGAACAAAGACCUUCUACAUUGGAAAAACAGGGAUCGCCUCCCAAAGCCAGGCGGUUGAACGAAACUCACAAAGAAACAUCAAUGCGCCUAUUCCCCUGGAAUUGUAA